AUGAGCAGGACAAGGACAGGGGCCCACGCUCAGGGGCAUCCGUCCACCGCGCCAGCUGCCUUCUCCAAGCUUUUUCGGAACACACCUGCAGGAAGGGGCCGGUGGAUUGCAGCUGGUCCCCCGGGGCAUGUGCUCCUGUUGAAGGGCUGCGCGGGCCAGGAGGCAGAGAUGGCCCAGACACUCCCCAAGUCCAGUGGCGUCCCAAGGCCGCGCGACCCCAAGCGGGGAGAGGGGGCCCCGAGUCCCAUGCCCCCAGAACCCACAACGGUGGGCGAGGCCCGGGCAGGUGGGGACGCUGUGCUGCGCCGUCUCCUGAGGCUGCACCGCACAGAGAUUGCCGUGGCCGUGGACAGUGCCUUCCCGCUGCUGCACGCGCUGGCCGACCACGACGUGGUCCCCGAGGACAAGUUCCAGGAGACUCUGCGUCUGAAGGAGAAGGAAGGCUGCCCACAGGCCUUCCACGCGCUCCUCUCGUGGCUCCUGACCCAGGACGCUGCUGCCAUCCUGGACUUCUGGAGGGUUCUCUUUAAGGACUACAACCUGGAGAGAUACGCCCGGCUACAGCCCAUCUUAGAUGGCUUCCCCAAAGAUGUGGACCUCAGCCAGCCCCGGAAGGGGAGGAAGCCCCCGACGGGCCCCAAGGCCCCAGUGCUGCUGCCCAGACCCCCCACCAAGAGGAAGGCCCAGGAGGAGCCAAGGGUCGCCCUGCCUGUGGCAUCGUCUCCACGGGGGACCUCCAGCCCAGGCUCCCAGGCGAAGGCCAAGCCGUACAAGAAGCCCGAGAGCAGCGCGGAGCCACAGCGCCCCCCGCCGGGAACCGGAAUUCAGACCAUGUCCACUUCGGUCCAGAGGGCAGUGACAGUGUCGUCGGGGGACGUCCCAGGAGCCUGUGGGGCGGUGGAGGGGAUCCUCAUCCAGCAGGUGUUCGAGUCAGGUGGAGCCAAGAAGUGCAUCCAGGUCGGGGGGGAGUUCUACACUCCCAGCAAGUUCGAAGACCCCAGCGGGGGGAAGAGCAAGACGCGGGGCAGCGGCCUGAAGACACUGGUCCGGGCCAAGGGUCCCCAGGCUUCUGUCCCCGGCGGAGGUGAGCUGAGAGCUGGCCAGCAGGGCAGGGCACAGGUGGCUCCCGCCCUCCCCGGCGAGCCCCAGCCCCACCAGAAGAACGAGGACGAGUGUGCCGUGUGCCGGGAUGGGGGGGAGCUCAUCUGCUGCGACGGCUGCCCCCGGGCCUUCCACCUGGCCUGCCUGUCCCCGCCGCUCCGGGACAUUCCCAGCGGGACGUGGAGGUGUUCCAGAUGCCUGCAGGCAAGAGCCCCGCCGGACCUGCCCCGGGCCGAGGAGCCCCCGCCCCCGGAGCCGCCCGCGGAGCCCCCGGUCCUUCUGGGACUGAGGCUGACAGGAGAAGAGGCGAAGGGACUGUCCAGGGAGACCCUGGUCGGGGUCGACACCGCUGCCCCCUACAAGCACCUGCCCCCCCCACCUUCGGCAGCCCCCUUGCCGGUGCUGGACCCCUCAGCCCUGCGCCCCCUACUGUGUGUGGGCCCUGAGGGGCAGCAGGGUCCCGCGGGCGCGCGGUGCGGCGUGUGCGGCGACAGCACGGACGCGCUGCGGUGCUCGCACUGCGCCGCCGCCUUCCACUGGCGCUGCCACUUCCCCGGGGCCGUCGCGCGGCCAGGGGCCGUCCCGCGCUGCCGAUCCUGCUCCGGAGACGCAGACCCGGCCCCCGAGGAGGGGGCGACCACCCCAAACCCCGCCCGCGCUGCGCUAGGGCCUGCCAAGGCAGGGGACAGUUCUGCUGGUCACGAGCCGGUUCUGCACAGGGACGACCUGGAAUCCCUCCUAAGCGAGCACUCCUUCGAUGGAAUCCUGCAGUGGGCCAUCCAGAGCAUGGCCCGGCCCCUGGCCGAGGCGCCCACCUUCCCCUCCUGAUCCAGGAAGCCGGGGUCUGUGGGGCAGCCCUGGGGGAGGGGAGGCCCCCCGCCGACGCAGCCUCAGCUGAGAGCUGACCCCUGCUCCCCACUCCCCACUCCGAGUCAACAUGCUUGUGAGUCCCCCGCUCGUGCUUACGGCGGCCUCCCAUGAGCGGGCAGCAGGACACACUCCCCAGCCCUGGGAGCUGGGUUAGGACCAAGAAAAAAGGAAAGGUCCAGGUGUCGUCUACACUCGGCUUGCAGCCGCGACUUAUCUUUGUGCACACACCAGCGUCGCACAGACUCAGAUAAAAACCACUCCGGGGGGGUUUGACGUGUUCUCCUGUGGGGGGUGGGCCCCCUGCCUUUCCUGUGCCCCAGGCGUAGGCCGCACUGGGGGGAAGGGAUAGGCCCGAGAAGCGGACAAUGCGCUCCUCUCUCUGCUGGCUCCUGUCCCCGCCGUCCACCUGCAGUGAGGUCCAGGCUCCCCCCCCAUCGUCUGCUGCCCCCACGGGCCCCCAGCUCCUGCGCCCCUCAGAGCCUCGGGGACUGACAGCCUCCUUCCCUCGGGGCUCCCUGUCCGCCUCCUUGUUCUGUCAGAAGUUUACCUGGGAGACCUUGGUGGCAGAUCGUCUGUAUCUGCCCAGGCACGCCGGUCUGAGGGGACUAUUCCGGCUGGAGGGACAGAUCGUGUGUAGGAGGCAGGUGACCUCCGUGAGGCAUGAGGCAGGCCCAGGCCGGGGCAGGAGGAUGCUGGGGAUGGAGGCUGAGGGGGCAGGUGGGGGGACAAACACCGGGCCGGCGGGUCUGGGUGAAGGGGGCCACAGGACCAGCACCUCCCCUUACUUUCCUCGUGGUGCAUGCUGUGGUCAGAUGCUGGUCCAUGGCCAGGGUCCGGGCCAGGACCCUGCCUGGGACACAGCUCUUGGGUCAGUUGUGGUGGAAGAAGACAUCGGGGCCAUUAGAGCUCCCCACCCUCAGGGACCCCGUGGUGGGUCGCCCCGACGGGGAGGGAGGGAGUGGCCACAGGCCUUGCCCUGUGUGGGCAGCUGAGCUGAGACCCAUGUGCUGACUUCGGACGGCAGCUUGCGUCCCCUCCCAGGGCAGCCCAGCCAGGGAGUGACAUCAGGGAUAGGACUCGUAGCCCUUGGUGCCUUGGGGGUCUGGCUGGCUCACCCCACUUCUCUGGGCACCUCCAGGGCCCCCUGAUCCACACACAGCCUUCUUAGGCAGGCCCUUGGGAACAGACGGGAGAUGGCUGUGCUUUAGGGUCAGGUCAGGGCUGGGAGGCCAGACUAACCCCCAGCGGCCGGGGUAAGCACCCCGUGACCCUUAGUUGAGCUGCUUGUUCAAACGAGGACGUCCCCUGGGUGGACAUUGGUGUUCUGAGAGCAAACAGGCAGCUGGCCCAGCCAGGCCAUGUGGGCAGUGGUGGGACAGACAGGCAGUGGGACAGCAAGGCUAGGAGGGGUGUCCCCAAUGUGUAGACGGGUGAUCCCAUAUCUGGACUGGGAUAGACAGAGAUGGGCAUGGGGAGGGAGUGCCCACAAGCAGGCCCAGGCUCGGUGGCCCAGAGCAGGGUAGGGUCACGGGGGGCAGGGCAUCCCAGCUCACAGCGCCCCACUUCCCUGAUGGAGGAGUGCCACUGGGCCCUGAGCCCAGCCUGUCCCGACCCCCUCGCUGACGGGGUGGAGUGGGGCUGGACCUUGAGCAGCUGCUGGGGGGGCCGUGAUGGGGGAGGGGUUGUGUUGGGGAGCUGACAGGGAGAACCCACAUGCUGGACCCUCCUGCCCAUCGGCGCCCACAUCCCCCCUUCUGGAAUGCACCCUGACCAGGAAUCCUUCGGCCACUGUGCACAGACGUGGGCUGGCCUGCCCCCUGGGUAGCCGUGGCACCACUGGGUCUCCCCCUGGGGGUUCCGGGGCCUGUGUACCCCAGCUCCAUCCGAAUCCCUCUACAGACCGGCCCACGGAGGCCCCCCGGGGGCUCAGGGGUCCCGCUGGUGACCCAGCUGGCUCAUCUCCUUAAGCUCAGGCUUCUCCGGGGGGUCUGAGGCCCUGAGCUCCCCUCAUCCGGCCACACGUGGGCCACAUGGCUUUGUGGGCGCCUCUAUCAGGCGGCACUUCCAUCCUUGAGAAACCGCGAGAACUGUCUGGUGUGUGUGGCUGGAGGUGCAGAAGGACCCCCAGGCCCGGCCUCCAGCCCCAGGCCAGGGACAGCGGUGGCCUGUGUGCCCACAUUUUCAGUCGCUCUCUGCUGGCCAUGAACCUGCCUUCCCGUGGCCGUCGGGUGCCUCAGCAUCUCAGAUGGGGCGACAGAAAUGAGCAGAGCGGCUGCCUUCCCGGGGGGGGGGGGGGCCCUGCGGCCCUGCAGCUGGCCCAGCCGAGCUCCGAGCACCAAGAGCGGACGCCCCGCCAGCUGUCACACAUCCGCUUGCUCUCGUCUGUCUUUCCGUGGGGUGGAAGUUUGUCUGGCUCGUCUAGCAUGAGAACAGUGUCUGCCUUCGUAACGGCCCGAGUGGCGGGUGCGCACUGGGCAGAGCCGGUCCUCACACCUGGCUUCCCGCAGCGCGGCUCGGGCCGCAGAUGCUCAGUCCUGGGGCUGCGGGUGCAGGCAGGACCGGCCCCUCCCAGGCACUCCGCGUCCUCAGCUGCCGCUCCCUCGGAGGCGUGUGUCCUCAUCACCUUGUCUCAGAGGGACCCUGGUCAGACGGGGUGAGGACCUGUGCUCGUGAUCUCCUUUUACUGGAAGCACCUCAGGAAGAGCCCAUGUCCAAACACCGUCACAUUCUGAGAUGCUGAGGGCCGCCAGUGCUGGCCGGUCACCCAGGUCGCCCUCUGUAAGAAUCCCAGCAGGGCCUCAGCCCCGGUGUCCCCAUCUCGGUGUUUCUUCUCAGUCCUCCGUCCUUGCUCAGGUGCCGCACCAGCUCCCUGGCCUUGGAUCCCACGUCUGGGGGCUGUGUUCAGACGUGAGCCCGAGCUCUCUGCCUUGUGGCGGUGGUCCCCUCGCUAAGUCCCUUGCCGUUGUCAGUAAGCGCCCUGAAGAUCUUUUUCUUUAGAGGGGCCGUGACUGGGCCAGAAUCCUAGUAUCAGCUCUUCUAGUCCAAAGAGGCAGCCAAGGCCUGUGGACAGGCCAGCACUUGCUUGGAAGCUCUGUUGUCAAUGUUUAUGAGCAAGGGGUCCAAGUUUCAUCUGAAGCCAGGCCCUGCGGCCAGUCCUGUCCUGAGGUGCCCGGUCCUGUUUGGUGGACUGAGUGGGCUGGGCUGGUGCAGGGUCAGGGACAUCACUCACUAGUAGGCAAAGAGCCUGGUGUCAUGUCUCUGUCCCUCCACCCCCACUCCCUUUGUGACCAUCUCUUGUCUAGUUACUUGCUGCCUGUCCCCUCCUGAUGGUGUGCACUGGGGGCAGUCUGCGUGACAGACCACGAAGAGACCAGGCUGACAAGGGCCAGCACAGAGCUGGUUGGCAAAUACUGGCAGAACUAGUGACUACGACUUUGAAAAUGCAUCAAACAUUCUGUGUUCAGGGCAUAUCUUGAUAAACAGGGUUAGAGGCCCAGAGUGGGGUAUUAUCCAGACAAUAGAAAUGCUGAGUACAAGCCUGGUGGGGAAGCAGAUGAGUAUUAAUUUAAAUUAAGUGUAUUUACUUAUCUAUUUAUGUAUUUCUAUUUACAUAUAUCAAUGUGUACACAUGGAUGUAGAGUACGCAUAUGUAUAAAGAAAGAAGGUAUAUAGAAUGUACAUGUACAGGAUAUAUGUAAAAAGAGUAUACAUAUGUG